AUGGAACCGCUGGAUGUGCACGAAGGCACCGGGAGGAUUCUGUGCUGCGAGUGCGGCGCGGUGAUCGAGCCCAACGCAAUGAACAUGUGCUGCGCGUGUGUACGCUCACACUGUGACAUUUUGGAUGGAAUCCCCAAACAGAGUCGAGCUUAUACAUGCAAGUUCUGCAACAGGUGGCUGGUACCACCGAACAGUUGGGUGUUCGCCGAACGAGAAUCCAAGGAAUUGCUCGCGAUUUUGUUGAAAAAGCUGAGGCCCACAAUGACUAAGGUACGUUUGGUCGACGCGUCAUUUGUGUGGACGGAACCUCACUCCAAAAGAAUCAAGCUGAAGUUGACUGUGCAGAAAGAGGUUGUAACCGGUGCGGUGCUUCAGCAAAUUUUCGUUUUGGAAUUUGUAAUUUUGAAUCAGGUAUGCUUGUAA